UAUCGAUUAUCAAAUUUAAAUAAAACAAAUAAUCAAAUGGAUGAUAAUAAUAAUAAUUUCUUAAUUGAAUUAAUUGAAGUUAGUAUUACAACUAAUAAACAACAAUCAUCGGAUAAUAUUCUGUUUGAAUCAUUAAAUUUUCGUAUCGAUAAUGGACAAAUAUUUGCUAUUAUUGGUUCGAAACAAACGGGUAAAACAUCUCUAUUGGAAACAAUUGCAACCAUUCGGUUACCAACAUCAGGUAAUGUUACCUAUUAUGGACAACAUUAUGAUCAACCAAUACGAAUUGGUUUUAUGCCACAAACCGAUGGAUUUUUUUCGCAAUUAACAAUUAUUGAAAAUCUUUUGCUAAUGACUCGGUUACAUGGUUUACCUAUAGAAGAAGUAAAUAUCCGAUAUGAUCGUUUAAUCAAUUUGAUUGGUAUCAGUGAAGCUAAACAACCAAUCAAACAAUUAGAUCAAUCGAAACAAUCAUUAAUAUCAUUAUCAUUGGCAUCGAUUCAUUCACCAAGUGUAUUGAUAUUAGAUGAACCAGAUUUUGGUUCUGAUCUUAUAUUAAAAGAACAGAUUUGGCGUCAAUUAAAAUUAUCCAGUAAACAAGAACGUAUUACAGUUAUAUUUUCAACAAAAAACGUUGAAGAUUGUCGCUUUGCUGAUCAAGCUGCUAUUAUUGAUCAUCGGCAAUUAUAUCCAUGUCAUUUAUAUCAGAUUAAUAUAAGCGAUCCUAUUGCUUGUUCAAGCAAUGAUGAUGAUCAAGAAAACGAUACGAAAACAACGAUCAAAGAAAAAUUUUCCACAAUUUCAUUGGAUGCAAAUGAAAAAAUCAAUGAAUUUACACGUCAUUGUUUAUCAGCAAGAAUUAAUAGUGAAAUUAUUAUUGCUGAAACAUUGAAUGAAUUGAAAAAAACAAACGAUUUAGAACCAUGUGAACCAAAUCGUUAUCGACAAGUAUCAGCAAGCACAAAAUUUAUAAUGAUAUUUCAAUUAUUAAUAAAAUUAUUCAUAUUGAAAAAAUUGCCAUUAACAUUGUUACAAUUAAUAUUACCAACAUUCUCGGUUAUAUUUUGUUUAAAAUUAUUGGGACAAAAUCCACAUGAAUUAAUGGUUGCUGUUUAUAAUCCAGAUUCACCACCAAUUGUUAGUAAACAUGUAUUGAAUGUAUUGGAUAGUCAAACAAUUGAUCUAAUUCAUUAUGAUAAUUUGGAUGAUGCUAUUCAAAUGGUACGUAAUGGACAAGCAUGGGCUGCAUUAGAAUUUCCAGCCAAUUAUACUAAUUCGAUAUUUAAUCAGGCAUUAGAGCAUUGUGAUGAUGUCUCCGGUGAUGAUGAUGAAAUUAAUCUGAUAAUUAAUCCAAUAAAUGCAUCAACAACAACAACAAUAUUACCGGAACAAGAAUUCGAAACCAAAAUCAAUAUGGUUACCAUAUUGAUGUAUGUUGAUAAUACUAAUAUAUUGAUUGCUGGUUUUGUUAAGGCAAGAGUUUUACAAGCAUUAGAACGUGCCCAUCAUGAUGCUAAAGAAAAUCAAGUUGAAACAAGAAUGACACAACCAUUAUCGGUAGUUGUACCGAAUGUAUAUGGUGAUGAAAAUACACCAAUGACUGAUUUUCUUCUGCCAGGCGUAAUCAUGCUGGCCAUGCAAUUUUCCAUAUCAAUAUUAUCGAUCUGGGAAUUGAAUGAAUUAAUUCAUUCAAAAAUGUUUCAUUCAUCAUUAGCAAUGGCAAGAAUAUCCAGAUGUUCAUUAUUGAUGAUAUGGUUUUGUAUAAAAUUUUUGCAAAUAAUUAUACAAACAAUAUUAUUCAUAAUAAUAUUACUGUCCAUUAUGGAAUUACGUUUUCAAAUAUCGGGUUUAACAUUAUUUAUAACAUUAUCGAUCAUACAAUCGAUUAUAAUUUUAAUGGCAACAAUUAUAUUAAUGUUAUCCACAUCAUUACAAACAACGAUUAUAAUACAUUGGAUUAAUUUUAUCAUACAGAUUACAUUGGCUGGUCUUAUAUUUCCAUUACAAUGUUUACCACCAAUCAUUCAUACAAUAAUGUUAUAUUUAUAUCCAUCCACAUCGAUUGCUGAAUCAAUGCGUUCAGCAAUGUCAAGAGGAUGGUCAUUUGAUCAUUACUUUGAACAUACACUGGUUGCUGAAUUUGUUUGGCUUUCAAUAAACAUAUCAUCGAUUUGGAUAUUGUUAUUAUUACUGUUAUUUAUAAUUAUUUUAAACAAAAGUCGACAUUAUUGAAUAACCAUCCACUAGAU